AUCGGGAAACUAGCAGCUUAGCUCUUCACCAUGGCGUCGCUGGCCUUCACCAGGAAUCCUGUCCUGCCCAGGAAUGCCCUCUUACUUUAUUCAGGAUGCCAGUCAUAAAACCACUCUUUGCGGCAAACUUUCUGCCUGCAUUUCUCACUACACCGAACCCGCUUACUUGGCACAUACCUUCCCUGCAGUCCCUCCUGGAACUGUUUCCCUCAAUAGUGCUCGCCGUACCAAAGAAAAAGACGUCCCAUUCGCGCAAAGCAAUGCGUGCUGCAAACAAGGGUCUAAAGGACAAGCAACGACCAGAUAUCGUCAACUGUCCCGGGUGUGGGACACCGAAGCUCGCACAUCACCUGUGUUCGAAAUGCUAUUCUUUUUUGAGCCGGACGUGGAAAAACAAACUGCGAGGCAGCAUGCCUGAUCUGUCAUGAGGCUGAAAGGUAUGCCUUUCCUGGUUGAGAUGACAAUUGCUCAUUCACAUGACAGAUUUGUUCGACGGAGUGGUGU